UGCAUGUUAUACAAUGUCUACUCAAGAGAAAGAUCUUUUUCUAACAGUUCUGAAAAAUUUGAAGGUUCCUGAUGGGUACUCAUCGAAUAUUUUACGAUGCGUAAAUCUCAAAGAGCGAAAACUUUCAAAUCUUAAAAGUCACGAUUGUCACAUUUUGAUGCAAGAUAUCUUUCCAUUGGCUUUAAGAUCGUCAACACCGAAACAAGUUUUUACAAUUGUUUCUCAAUUGUCAUCAUUCUUUAAGGCAUUAUGUUCCAAAGUUCUUGAUCCUAAGGAGCUUGAUCAAUUGGAGUCUAAUGUUGCACUUACACUAUGCAAUAUGGAAAAGAUCUUUUCUCCUGGGUUUUUUACUAUUAUGGUUCAUCUACUCAUUCACUUAGCGGCGGAAGCUAAACUUGGUGGCCCGGUUCACUACCGAUGGAUGUAUCCUAUUGAGAGGUUUCUUAUGCGCUUAAAAGAUUAUGUACGCAAUCGAGCCUAUCCCGAGGGCUCGAUUGCUGAAGGAUAUAUUGCUGAGGAGUGUUUGCCAUUUUGUUCGAGAUAUCUUGAAGGUGUUGAAACGGUUUUCAAUCGACCUCAAAGGAAUUUUCUCAUCUGGUAG